CAUAUGUUUUUGGUUUGCUGUCAGGGACAUGUGUAUUAUUGAACUUAAGCGAUCCAAAAUACGGUGAAGACAAAAGUUCCUGACAUAAUGGCAAAAAACAAAAUUGAAGAAAAAAGAAAGUCCCUGUCGGAACCUGUAAAAGAAUUAAAGGAAAAAUGGAAGUUGGUACCAGCAUUUUUACAGGUGAAAGGACUGGUAAAGCAACAUAUCGAUUCAUUCAACUAUUUUGUUAAUGUUGACAUCAAGAAAAUCGUUCAAGCCAACGAUAAAGUUACGAGCGAUGCCGAUCCCAUGUUCUACUUAAAGUAUCUGAAUGUGUAUAUAGGAAAACCAGACGUAGAAAAUGGUUUCAACAUAACAAAAGAAACAACACCCCAUGAAUGUCGAUUGCGGGAUAUGACAUAUUCGGCUCCCAUAACCGUGGACAUUGAAUAUACGCGUGGUACGCAGCGAGUCGUUCGAAACAGCUUAUUAAUCGGGCGAAUGCCAGUGAUGCUUCGUUCAUCGAACUGCGUCCUAUCAAAUAAAUCGGAAUUCGAACUAUCCAAGCUGAACGAAUGUCCUCACGAUCCAGGCGGCUAUUUUGUGGUUCGUGGACAGGAGAAGGUUAUUCUUAUCCAGGAACAGCUUUCUUGGAAUAAAAUGAUUACGGAAGACUACAAUGGGGUGAUUCAGUGUCAAGUCACUAGUUCGACUCACGAGAAAAAGUCUCGCACCAAUUUGAUAUGCCGUCACGGCAAAUAUUAUCUGAAGCACAAUUCGAUGACUGAUGACAUUCCAGUGGCUAUCAUUUUCAAGGCACUGGGCAUUACGUCCGACCAAGAAGUUAUGCAAUUAGUGGGCAUUGAUGUGGAAACGCAAAAGCGAUUCGGACCGUCGCUGUUAGAUGCAUUGAAUUUGAAGAUUUUCACCCAACAACGCGCUCUGGAGUACAUGGGCUCCAAAUUGGUUGUUAAGCGGUUUCGAACCGCUGCCACGAAAAUGAUGACGCCAGCUGAUGAGGCUCGUGAAUUAUUAGCCACGACCAUUUUGGCUCAUGUUCCCGUGGAGAAUUUUAACUUCAAAAUGAAAGCGAUCUACGUUGCGCUAAUGGUUCGCCGAGUUAUGGCAGCUGAGAUAAAUCCAUCGUCAGUCGAUGAUCGAGAUUAUUACGGCAACAAACGACUCGAAUUGGCCGGCUCACUGUUAUCGCUGAUGUUCGAAGAUCUGUUCAAACGCUUCAAUUGGGAACUGAAAAUGAUUGCUGACAAAAAUAUACCCAAAAUCAAAGCCGCUCAAUUCGAUGUGGUCAAACAUAUGAGAGCCGCUCAAAUUACAAUCGGCUUAGAAACAGCUAUUUCGACCGGAAAUUGGACGAUUAAACGUUUCAAAAUGGAACGUGCUGGAGUAACUCAGGUGCUGUCCCGAUUAAGUUACAUUUCCGCCCUUGGCAUGAUGACACGCGUAAAUUCUCAGUUUGAGAAAACAAGAAAAGUGUCCGGACCUCGGUCCCUGCAACCAAGUCAAUGGGGUAUGCUUUGUCCCAGCGAUACACCAGAAGGAGAGGCAUGUGGUCUGGUUAAAAAUUUAGCACUGAUGACCCACAUCACAACGGAAGUCGACGAAGCGCCGGUCAUCCGUACUGCUUUUAAUAGUGGUGUCGAAGAUAUCCGGAUUUUGAGUGGAAGACCAAUCAACAAUCCCAAGGUCUUUAUGGUGUUCAUCAACGGUAACAUAUUGGGUGUGACUUAUGGCUAUCAACGCUUGAUUAAGAAUUUUCGUCAAAUGCGUCGCAGACGCCUAAUUGGCCCUUUCGUGUCGAUUCACACGUCUCACUUGCAACGAACCGUUUAUAUUCACACCGACGGCGGUAGACUAUGCAGACCGUACAUUAUUGUCGAAAAUGGCCAAACAUUGGUUAAGCAAGAGCACAUCGAUGAACUGAACUCGGGCUUGCGAAAAUUCGAAGAUUUCUUGUCGGACGGAUUGAUCGAAUAUCUGGAUGUGAACGAAGAGAAUGAUUCUUUCAUUGCUUACAACGAGGCCGAAAUUGAUCCAAUGAAAACGACACAUUUGGAAAUCGAACCGUUCACACUGCUCGGUGUAUGCGCAGGAUUGGUGCCAUAUCCUCACCACAAUCAAAGUCCCCGUAACACCUAUCAAUGCGCUAUGGGUAAACAGGCUAUGGGAGUUAUUGGCUACAAUCAGAAAAAUCGAAUUGACACUUUGAUGUACAACAUCGUUUAUCCACAGUCUCCGAUGGUCCGCUCCAAGACAAUCGAAUUGACCCACUUCGACAAACUGCCAGCCGGUCAGAAUGCAACUGUUGCCGUCAUGAGCUAUUCCGGCUACGAUAUCGAAGAUGCAUUAAUUCUAAACAAAGCUUCCAUUGAUCGAGGUUACGGCAGAUGUUUGGUGUACAAAAACUCCAAAUGCACCGUGAAGCGAUACACAAAUCAAACGUACGAUAGAAUAAUGGGUCCCACCAAAGAUGCGACCACUAACAAGAUAAUAUUCAAGCACGAGACUUUGGAUACAGACGGAAUUGUGUCACCCGGAGAAAUGUUGGUUAACAAGCAGACGAUGAUUAACAAAGAGAUGCCAGCUGUUAGUUCGAUGAAUCCAUUGGAGCAGAAGGAGAGCGGUCAACAGCCAGUUGCUUAUAGUAGUGUGCCUAUCACAUACAAAGGAACAGAACCGAGUUACGUUGAAAAGGUGAUGGUGUCGGCUAAUGGAGAAGAGGACUUUUUGAUAAAGAUUUUAUUGCGCCAAACCAGACGUCCAGAGAUUGGUGAUAAAUUUAGUUCACGUCACGGACAGAAAGGCGUUACUGGAUUAAUUGUGGAACAAGAAGAUCUUCCAUUUAACGAUUUCGGUAUGGCACCCGACAUGAUUAUGAACCCGCACGGAUUUCCUUCUCGUAUGACAGUUGGUAAGACGCUGGAGCUGCUGGGAUCAAAAGCUGGAGUGUUGGAGGGAAAGUUUCAUUACGGAACGGCGUUCGGAGGAUCCAAAUGUCAGGACCUACAGGACGAACUUUUCAAGCACGGAUUUAACUACAUGGGAAAAGAUAUAUUUUAUUCGGGAAUUACCGGCGAACCUUUGGAAGCAUACAUUUACUCUGGACCGGUCUAUUAUCAAAAACUGAAGCACAUGGUUCAGGAUAAAAUGCAUGCUCGUGCCAGAGGUCCCCGUGCUGUGUUAACACGUCAGCCUACGCAAGGUCGUAGCCGAGAAGGUGGUCUUCGACUUGGUGAAAUGGAAAGAGAUUGUCUGAUCUCGUACGGAGCGUCUAUGCUGAUCAUGGAACGGCUAAUGAUCUCUUCAGAUGCAUUUGAUGUGGACGUAUGCAAUACCUGUGGUCGAUUGGCCUAUUCGUCGUGGUGCCACAACUGCAAAUCGUCUGCUAGUGUUUCUCAAAUUUCGAUGCCGUACGCAUGCAAGCUGUUGUUUCAAGAAUUGACCAGUAUGAACGUUAUACCUCGAUUGAAGCUGAAGAACUACUAGUUCGAUGGCAAAGUCGGUCAAAUAAAGCGAUUUAAAACGUUGA